AUGACUUCUUUCUAUCUGAAAAAUACCAAAGAGGAAGGAGAGUUCUACCUACUUACAGCUCGUCAUGUUGUAUCCGACAUUGACUUUGAUAAAACAGAUGUCCCCGUUCCUGUUCCUGUUGUUUUAUGCAAUCAUCUGUUUGAAGAAUGUAUGGAACAGAUAGAAUAUCUUACCAGGAAGAACCAAAGACGAGCAAAGCAUGUCUUGGAUUAUAGUCCACUAGAUAUAAAAGAACUGGGAGAACUUCGAAAAGAAUUGGUGGAUCAAUGGUCUCAAGAAUCACAAAGGAGGAUCGGUAUCGCUCAUCAUCAUCCGCCGACCAAUCACCAAAAUAAGGUAGAGGUUGAUGUAGACGUAGACGUAGACGUAGAUGUAGAUGACGGUAGAGGGCUCAAUGAUUGGGGGAAUGAUUGGGCUUUAAUCAAAUUGGAUAAAGAUGACCUUCCUUGUUCAACUAGAAAACCUCUUCUCAAUAUCGAUAAAGCCGUUAUGUUACGGUUAAGCAGUAUUCGAACAGAAGACGAUAUGGAGAAAUCAUCGUUAGCAGUCAUUAUGCGAGGAGCGAAAAACGGAAUACGACUAGGUCAAUCAAUGUCUGUAUUUUCAAUGGUCAGGUAUCCGUAUUCCUCAAAGAAAUGGAUACAACAAUGGGCAAUAACGACAAUGAAUGAAUGGGAAUUUACAUUCCGUAAAUCAUCCUCAUUCGCCGAUCAAGGUGAUUCAGGCGCAGGGGUCGUAAGUAGAGAUGGAAAAUUCGGGGGGAUCGUGGUAGGUGCUACAGGAAGAGGAACAGGGGAUGAAUCGCGUGCAAUUAUAGAUAUCGUGUAUGUGAUGCCGAUGUUCCAUAUAACGGAAAGGAUGACAGAAUCGGGUUUAGGUGAUUUUCCAGCUGUCAUAGGGUUCUAUGUCAAUUAG